AUGGAAGCCAGAGUCAUGGACAUGAAGACGCCCCCCGUGGACUCCGAGGAAAGCAUUCUCGAGCAACAAUUGGACCAGGAAGGUUUAAGACUCGCUGCUGAUGGCUGUGUGCAUUGGAGAACUGACAAUCCUCGGCAUCCUCGCAACUGGCCUUUGGCUCGCAAGGUUCACGAUGUGGCCUGGAUUAUCUUUUUGGACUUCUUCGUAACUUGUGCGAGCACUGCUGGAGCACCAGCAGCUCGAGCAGCCCGAAACGAUACAGGCAUGAAUGAAAUCUUAUCCAUCUUUAUCUUCGUGCCACUAUACAUGGUUGGCCAGGGUAUUGGGAGCGUCAUCUUCCCUCCCUACUCUGAAGCCUUUGGUCGCAAGAAACUCUACGUCGUCAGCACCGGUCUGUACAGUAUUUGCUGCGUCCUCGUGGCUGUAGUUCCCUUCCCAGUCGGUGUCGUCAUCGGUCGUUUUAUCUCAGGCUUCCUCUCGGCCAUUCCUGCUGUCAUCGCAGCUGGCAGCAUCGAAGAUCUCUUCAAUGCACGCGAUCGCAUCUGGAUGAUGUCUAUAUGGACGGUCGUAUGGAACAUUGGAUCUAUUAUCGGUCCUAUCUUUGGCACGGGCAUCGUGUCCGUACUCGAUUGGCGAUGGGUCUUCUACAUUGCGGCCAUCGUCACGGGAGUCUUAACUCUCAUCCUAAUGUGCAUCAAAGAAUCUCGACCAUCGCUACUCCUCAAAGACGAACUUCGCCGUUUCGAACAAACCAUCUUAAACGGAAAAGAGAGCCACCUCCAAAGCUGGAAUCCCGAUCACGUCCCAGAUCUACACACUCUAGCCACUGUGACCCUCAUCCGUCCCCUCCGUCUAUUCGUUACCGAACCCAUCGUCUUCCUCGUAUCCGUAGUCUCCCCAAUCCCCUAUACCCUAAUCUAUCUCUUCACCGAAGCCCUCCCCCCGGUCUACCAAUCCUUCGGCUUCAGCGUCAUAUCAGCUUCACUCCCUUUUCUCGCCAUCGGCAUCGGUCUUCUCCUCAGCUUCGGCACCCGCAUAUACGACUACCAAGUUCUCACUCGCCGCCGACAAAACGGCCUCCCCAUCACCCCCGAAGACAAACUCAUGGGUUUCGUCAUCGGAGCCCCCGUCUUCGCCAUCGGCAUGUGGUUAUUCGCCUGGACGAUCCCACCCAAAGUCCUCAACGUGCAUUGGAUCGUCUCCAUGAUCGGUCUUGUCUGCGUUGGCUAUUCCAACUGUGAAUUCACCACCGUUCUCACGGGCUAUCUGGCCGAUAACUACCUCAGUUAUGCAGCCAGUGGGUUCGCCGCGCAGUCCUUCCUCCGUGCGCUGCUCACUGCUGCCUCGCCGCUCUUUGCCCCCGCGAUGUUUAAUGGGUUGGGGAAUAAUGUGGCGGUGUCGGUUUUGGCGGCUGUGGCGACGGUGUUCUGUGCUGUGCCGCCGUUGUUUAAGCGGUAUGGGGCGGAACUUAGGGCGAGGAGUAAGUUUGCUCAGCAUAGUUUGGAUUCGUACCAGUUGACUACCGUUGAUGAGGAUGGGUAUUGA